GCGUCCAUCGAAGCCCGCUCUCCGCAGAAGCUUAGGCGUUAGCAGCACGAGGUUGAUAAAGACAAUUGAACAACUAACUCAAGGAAAGGAAAAGAGUCCCGACUCGGUCUAAGACAAUGGAGAGAUCCAGCUAUGAUUGCGGCUGGCGCGAGACGAAAAUCUCUGCGGUUCAGGCUUUAGACAAGGAUUACCGACCUUUCCUGAUACCAACACCUAAGCUUCUUCCCUCCAAGACCGCUGUGCGGGGGGACUGACUCGAAGCUCAGCAACAAGCCUAGAAACAGAAGACGGCAGGCGAAAGUUCCAUAAUGAGUCGAUUUCGUAACAAGUCCAUCUACAGCCUCUUAGGCGUCGACUCCUCCCUUGACCACAAGCACGUCUACGAGACAUCCUGGCUGCUGCCCCCGCUGGCUCUUGCGUGUCUGCGCGGCCUCAUCGCUCUAUACAUCUUCACCACCAUCUUCACCAUCUGGGGCUGGUAUGGCACGCACGGAGAAAGCUACGCGAUCGGCGAGACCUUCAGCUACUUCACCUGGCUGACCUACUGGGGCAUCGGCUUCUACAUGCUCACCUCCGCCACCCACACAGCCUGCUACGCUCUGACGGGUCGCUCGAUGCUCUUCGACCGCUGGCCGCGGGCCCUGCGCGCCCUCCACGGCCUGUUCUACACCACCAUCACCACGUAUCCAUUCCUCGUCACCGUCGUCUUCUGGGGCAUCCUCUACUCCCCUCCGUGGUAUACCACCGUCGAGCCUGCUUGGCAAAAUAUCUCCCAACACGGCCUAAACUCCUUCUACGCCCUGCUGGAGAUCAUUCUCACUACCACUAACCCUCACCCUUUCCUCAGCUUGGCAGUCCUCAUCUUCCUUCUCCUUCUCUACGUCUCUCUGGCCUACCUCACCUAUCACACGGAGGGCUUCUACACCUACAGUUUUUUGGAUACCGGCGCGCAUGGUGAACACAGUGGGAAAGUCGCUGGUUACUGCUUCGCAAUCCUCGCGGCGAUUUUGGUGUUCUUUUUCCUGUCGUGGGGGGCUAUUUGGUUACGCCGCUGGUUGACGCACGGGAAAGUGAAGCGAUCGUUACGCGACUCGGGAAAGCUGGCCGAGGGCGAGCCGGAGGUGAUGGAGUUUCCUACUCUGCGAGUCUAAGGGAGAGAUGUUGACAUGAUUGUGCUGGGAACAGAUUGAAGGACUGAUGUGAGAAAGGUGGGGAGGGGUCCGCUGUAAUAUGAUGUUUACUUUGAUCACUACUUUCGGGAUUAUGCGUCCAAGCUGGAGUUUCAACUGCGUUCAUGGCUUCGUUAUUCGAUGCGCGAUUUCGGAUUCAAAUGAAAUGGGUUGAGUUGAGUAGUGUUUUUCGGUAGAUCCAGAGCAUAUCCCUGUUUUUUUGGCCAGGUCUAGGCGAGGCAAGGAAAACUAUAUCCCAAUCAUAGAUUCUGCACCAGAAACUG